GUUUCGCAGUUCGUCAUCAUGUCUUCAGCCAUGGAUAAAGCUCUUAUGGCGAUGUCCCUACAAGAAGAAGAAGAGGUUCCCUUUGAGAUGCCAGAUCUGCCAGAGUUUAACUCCAUGGAGCGUAACUCUCUAAGCUUGAUUGGGCGUACUCUGAAUCCUCCGUGUCAGCCUAUGAAGAACCUUAUUCGUGACAUGCCUCGGAAAUGGCAGAAGCCGGGGAGGAUGAGGGGAGUAGCAUUAUCAAAUGAGAAGUUUCAAUUUAUUUUCAAUUCUGAACAUGACCUUUUGGAGGUUUUAGCAAAGGGUACUCACACCUAUAAUGAUUGGUCUCUGGCCGUUGAUCGUUGGUAUGAAGAUCCGCCGGUGAACUACUUACAGGUCAUUCCUAUCUGGGUCCAAAUUUGGAAUAUGCCUGUGAACUAUUAUACUGUGAGCGCCAUCACAGUACUGGGAGAGUUGAUUGGUGAAGUAAAGGAAGUAGCUUUUGACCCAGACAAACCGCAAGAGCAAGAGUUUGUCAGGGUUAAAGUUCUGUUUGAUGUUUCGCGUCCACUAAGAAGAUCUAAGGAAGUCAAGCUCCCUAAGGGUGGUUCCACUUGGAUCCGUUUUCAGUACGAGCGGGUUCAGAAGAGAUGUUACGAGUGCCAGAGGUUAACACAUGAGAAAGAUGUUUGUCCUAUUCUAGUGAAAAAGAGACAAGAUGAAGCUUCAGCUCGUCGUUCUGGCUCAAGUACCCCCAAGCAGCCGAAACCUGUUUUUCUUAAAGAGUCUGAUCCCUUGUUUGGUAUCCUGAAGGAAAAUCAAGUGGGGCUGGAUCCUCUAACAGGUAGACACAGGAUUGCUCCAGAGGUUUUAGAUGGAAUGAGACAAUACUUACUAGUAAACAAUAAUGAAGACUGGCAUGUCAAGGCUGAUCGAAUUCAGAAAUCAAUCAAGGAGGUAGAGAAAGAUCCCAUUGCUCAGAAAACUAUUCUGAGAAUGGAAGAGGCCCCAAUUGUCCACUUGGACAUUAAUACUGAGAAUGGUCUGGUUUUUGGAUUUGAAAAUUCUGGAGUCAAUGAUCUAAGAGAAAAACUUUCCGGGAAUGUGGUAUCUUCAUCCAAGAAUGAUGUGAGGUCAGAAACCAAUAGGAAUUGGUUAGUGGAAGAUGAGUCUCUGUAUGAGUCUGAUCCGGUGGGUUCUUUCUUAGCUUUAUCGCAGCCUUUUCAGGUUAGAGCUACGGAGUUUAGUUCUGGCUUCUAUGAAGCUGGUUCUUCCGGCUCUAAGCCUAAAAAAGCUAAGCAAAGAAAGAGGCCGCCUUCUCGGGUGAGAAAACCAAAGCCUAAAGGUGGGGCUACCCCUGUAGAGGAUAAGAUGCUGCAGUUGGAUUUGACACGAACCUUGAAGGAUAAACGAAAAGCAGAAGAUGGAGGACCAAGCACUGCAAAACUCUCAAAGCUUAACCCUCUUAAGGUGAUCCCACAUGAGGGAUCGCCCAAUGUUUAA